AUGGCGGUGGAUUCCUCAGCCAGGGAGAAGGAGACCGUCCCAGACAACUGGGGUGAAUCGAUAGUGGUGCCCAAUUUCAAAAAGGGCACUCGCAGUGAGUGUAGCAACCACAGAGGUGUUAGUUUGGUGCCUGUUGUGACAAGGAUUCUGGCAUCAUUGAUUCUUCGUCGUCUUACGGGCGCACGCGAAACCUUGACUCGUGAGAAUCAAGCGGAAUUUCGACCGGGUAGAGACUGCGUUGACCACAUCUUUACACCCCGUCAGGUGUUAGAGCAACGCCACAUGUACAGACGACCCACAAUCCUGGUAUUCCUUGACUUCAAGGGUGCGUUCGAUUCUGUUGAUCGAUCAGUUCUGUUAACUACACUUGCUCAACAGGGUAUGCCCCAGAAGUUUGUAAACAUAAUCCGAUCUCUAUAUUCACAUACUUCUGGGCGGGCGCUGUACGCCAACUCCCGCGGCCGUGUGAAGGUCUACGGGAAGCUCUCACCUGAGCCCACCACAUCAAGAGGUGUCAGACAGGGCUGUCCUGUUUCACCUUUCCUUUCCAAAUUCGUCAUUGAUGCGAUCAUGGAGGACUCACCACCAGCUUCUAACGUCUGUGGAGUCGAAGCGCUCCCUGGGCGUCCGCUCACAUACAUCGAGUACGCAGAUGACAUAGCUCUUCUUGGAUCUGACCCCGUGGUAAUGCAAACAAUGUUAAAUAAUCUGAAUGAUUCUGCCUCACGUUCCGGCACGCGCUUCAUAACUACUGCAAGACUGGCGUGUUGUUCCCCGGAGAGUUUCCAUACACCGCCAAUGGAAUUCAACUCGUCCACUUGCUCCAGGCGUGGACCCGUCCGACUGCAAUUAUAUCGCAACCCGCCUUCUGAAACAAUUGAACUCAGUGAAUUGGAACAGUAUGCGGUGGAUCGUAUACGAGUUUUAAAGUGUGUGGAGACCGCAAGACAGGACUUCAAGGUUAGCAGCAAGGAAUACGAGGAGCGACUUACAGCUGAGAUGAUCAAACUAGGACCAUUUGCAAAAUCUCUGACCAUUCCAACUGGAUUUAGCAAGACUGCCAAAGAGGAUAUCCGACGGGAUAUCAUAUCACAUUUUCUUCUCCAGGUUGCCUACUGCCGCAAUGAGGAUCUUCGCCGCUGGUUUAUUCAACAGGAGGUGGAAUUGUUUCGUUACCGAUUUCUGCUUGAGCGCAAUAGCUCCUCGUCCGGUCCAGAUGUUAUAUCCCAUUUCUUGUCAGAGAAUCAGUUGCGCUUUUCCCACUUGUCAGACAGAGAACGCGCUCGUAUUCAGCAGCAGUUGGCUGCAGGAACCGCAGCUCCGGGUGUUGAUUUUUCAACGACUUCUUUCUACAAGGUAUACUUCACAGAAGUACCCGAACUGGUUCGAAGCAGACGGAUCUACAUCCGAGCUGGGUUCGCCUACGUCCCUGACUCUGACCUGGCCACCCUGGUCGUGUCACAUUUCCGGACUGCGCUGUCUUGUAGUCUGGCUCGUCUUGGUUUCACUCUAGGUUCGCGCCUGGCAUCUGAAGAAUAUCGCGUUCUCCCACUGCUUUCCUCCUUGUCCAGCCGUUAUUUUGGCGAAGAUUAUGCAAACAAAGCACCGGCAAUGGGCCUCAUCAAAGCUGACCAAGUUGAUGUAUUAGCUAAACAGCAUGGUGUUUUUCCGCCUUGCAUGGCUCAGCUGCAUGAAGCGCUCAAGGCAAAUCACCAUCUUCGGCACUUCGGUCGUAUGCAAUAUGGUUUGUUCCUCAAGGGUAUCGGAUUGCCAUUGGAGGAAUCCUUGAAGUUCUGGCGAAACGCAUUUGCACCCAAAUACGAUAGUGAUCAGUUUUCAAAGUCCUACGCCUACAACAUCCGUCACAACUACGGGAAGGAGGGAAAGCGCGCUGAUUACACACCUUAUUCUUGCGUAAAGAUCAUCUCUUCAAGUGGACCCGGACCUGGCGAAUCUCACGGUUGUCCGUUUCGUCACAUGGAGCCAGACCUUUUACGGCACCGUUUGUCUUCUGGAGGCCGUAUCCCUUCUGAUGCAGUUGACAUUAUUAUGCAGCGAGCCAAAGAACGAUUAUAUCAUCUGAGUUGUCGUGAGUACUUCCGCGCUAUGCAUAAAUUGAAUGCCGACGCCAUAUCCGGUCUCGUAAUCAGUCACCCCAACCAGUAUUUUGAUGAAAGUCUGAAAGUUCUCGAGGGUGAUUUAGAAAUGUCAAUGGGUGGAACUGAGAAGACACAGGCAACCAAAUGUGACUACGGUGCCCAACAGGAAGACCAACUGUGUGAUAGGCUCAUUGCUGGCAUUCAACUGCCUGAAUUACAGCAGAAGCUGCUGCUCUAUCCGGAUCAGAAAUUUCAAACUAUUCGGAAAAUGUGUGAGCAGUAUGAAGAUGUGAAGCAUGUAACGAAGACUGAUGAAGCAGUGUUGUUAAAUUAUUCUCAAAGAAAUAAUUCAAGGAUGCACACGAACAACAAAUUCAAACCUCAAACAAAUACUCGUGCCCAAAAUCCAUCAAUACUCCGCUUCACAAAUCGUAACUCUAAUUCGAUGGUUCAAAAAUCUGGGAAAUGUGAAUCUUGUGGACGAAACCAUCCCAGCAUUAUGGAUGGCUGCGGUUUUAAACUCGAUACAAACCGUCUAUCUCCUUUAGUAAAUGUGUCAUCACCAACCAAUCUACAAGAACUGCGUUCAGUUCUAGGAGCUCUUCGGUAUUACUCCCGUCUCAUUCCUAAUUUCGCCAAACAUACAAGUUACCUGUUUGAUGCCAUAUCUGCCACUCAGUUUUCUUGGUCUUCCAACCAUGAAAAGACGUUGCGUGUACUGCUUGGUUAUCUUCAAACUUCAGCUAUUUUGAAGUCAUUUUCCACCAAACAUCAUUCAACCAUCAUUACUGAUGCUUCUCCCACUGGAAUAGGAGCAAUCCUUGAACAGUGUGGUAGACCAGUGAUCUGCAUUUCCCGUCGACUUUCAAAAGCCGAACGUGAAUACUCUCAAGCUCAACGAGAAGCACUUGCGGCAUACUGGGCUGUCAAACGGCUCCAUAAGUAUCCUUUUGGAUCAAACAUUAUCAUCGCUACUGAUCAAGAGGCUUUAAAGUUCUUGUAUCACCCAACAAAAUGUCUAGCGAAGUCACCUGCCGCUAUGGUCCAACGGUGGGUGAUUGCUCUGAGUUCGUACACCUACACGAUUGUUCAUCGUAGUGCAAAAAUGAUUCCCCAUGCCGAUUUAUUGUCAAGAAUGUCAUCAUGUGACUCUGAUUCGAACAAUUCAGAUUGUUUGUUUAUCCAACUAUUAGCAAUCGAGCGGGAUGCGCUUGUUGCUGAUAGUAAAAGAUAUUUUGCUCUCAUUUCUCCUGCACUGCGACGUGGCUGGACGCAACAGGAACGACGCCGAUUUCCCGCUUUUUACUGUCGCCAUGAAAGCUUGUCCAUUACUCCGGGUGGUUUGCUGUCUUUCCACCGACUCAGCGAGGGGCUGUUCUGGCAGGUCUGCACUCUGAUCAUCUGGGUGUUGAUAAAAUGA